CAUGCAUGACAUGAAAGAGUCUGGCUAAAGAUGUCAACUUGGAGGUACAUCCGCCCCUGCUGGAAUUUGCCAAAAUUGUGCUUGAUCUCAACAAACAAUGUCUUCGAACAAAGUGGAAUGUGCUGUAAGAAACUGAAAAGAAAUGGUUUUCCAGUCCAAACACCACCUGCAAACAACAGGAGGAUUACCCAAAGAUACUUCUCUCUGCAGUCUCAUGAAGAUCAAUACAUACAGAAAGCUGACAGCACCAUUUAUGCUCUCUCAUCUGGCCAUGGAAAAUGUGGUGUGGCGGUGAUACGUGUUUCAGGAAGAGAGAGUAAGAAUGCUCUGCUCCUUUUGACAAAACUUGGACAUCUCCCCAGACCUCGCAAGGCAUUGCUGAAAACGUUAUACCGUCCAUCAACGACUGAGCCUUUGGAUAAAUCACUUGUUCUCUGGUUCCCGGGUCCUCGUAGCUUUACUGGUGAAGACUGCUGUGAGCUGCAUAUCCACGGGGGGAGUGCUGUGAUAACAUCCGUGCUAGAAGCCUUGGAGAAGAUACCAGGAUUGAGACAUGCAGAAGCUGGGGAAUACACAAAAAGGGCAUUUCAGAAUGGAAAGCUGGACUUGACUGAAGUUGAAGGCUUAGCUGACUUGAUCCAUGCAGAAACGGAGGCACAGAGAAAACAGGCCUUGAGACAGAUGGAGGGGGGUCUGAGCAAGCUUUACACCAACUGGAGGAAACGGCUUCUCAAGUGUACAGCAAACGUGGAAGCUUACAUUGACUUCAGUGAAGAUCAGAAUAUUGAAGAUGAUGUGAUGGACAAUGUGCUAAAUGACGUGACAAGCAUACAAGCUGAAGUUGAGAAGCAUCUGACAGACAAUCGUCAAGGAGAACGACUGCGCAAUGGCGUCCAUGUGGUAAUUUUAGGGGAACCAAAUGUGGGGAAAAGCAGUCUCCUAAAUGCUAUAUGCCAGAGACCAGCAGCCAUUGUCUCUCCGAUAGCAGGCACAACCAGGGACGUGGUGGAGACGCCCCUCAAUAUAGGCGGAUAUCCAGUGUUAUUGAGUGACACGGCUGGCCUAAGACAAACUGAGGAUGUCAUAGAAAAAGAGGGAGUUAAAAGAGCUGUCAAUAGGGCUCAGCUUUCUGACCUUAAAGUAAUGGUGGUAGAGGCUGACCAUUUUUAUAACCAGGUCAAAUCCAAUAGGAAUUUCAGAAUGCAAGAUUUCAUCCGAAGCCACUUCGAAAAUUUGGGUCUUAUGGACAAUAAUUCCUGGAGUAGGCCAGGCUUAGAAAAAGGAGAAGCAAACAUUGACACCUUCAAUACCUCUGUGAUAAAUCCGAAAGAAUUGGUGAUUGUGUUAAACAAAUCUGAUCUGAUGAAGUCGUCUGCUGUGGAUUUGAAGCAUUUGGAAUUUGAUGGUCUCAAGUUGUGUCUAGUGUCUUGUACUACUCAAGACGGAUUUGACGACUUUCUGGAGGCUUUGGCGCAGAAAGUUAAGGACAUGUGUGGUAAUCCUCUUGCUGGCAAUCCCAGUUUGACACAGGCUCGUCAUCGGGCGCAUUUGACCAACUGUCUCCAGGCUUUAAAGACAUUCCUCGAUAUGAAUGAAAUGGACAUUGUCCUCGCGGCAGAGGAGCUCCGGAAAGCAUUGCGCAAUAUUGGAAAGAUCACUGGCAAGAUUACCUCAGAAGAUAUUCUCGAUGUUGUUUUCAGAGACUUUUGUAUUGGAAAAUGAAUAAAAUAUUUUACAUUAUUUUUUAAC